AUGGGGCUGGCAUACAACAUAUACCUGAACUCGUCGCGAAUCUACGGCUGUAAAAACUGCAAGACACACCUCUCAAACCACGACGACAUCCUAAGUCGAAAUUUCCGCGGCCAACACGGCAAAGCCUACCUCUUCGACAACGUAGUCAACAUCACAGAGUCGGACCCGAACGAACGCAACAUGACGACAGGCCGGCACAUCGUGCGCGACAUCCACUGCCGACAAUGCAAGGAGACGGUGGGAUGGAAGUACGACAAGGCGUUUGAGAGCUCGGAGAAAUACAAGGAGGGCAAGUUCAUCCUCGAGGCGGAGCUGCUAUGUACGGUGACAUGA